GUUUAAUCUCGUUGUUCUGACAACCUAGGAAUUACAACAAUGGAGAGUAUAUAUUGAUUAACCAAAUAAUAGAAGCCGCUUUUCUCACUUUUCUUUGGUAAAUUUGUGUGUGUGUGUGUGUAUAUAACCGGAUUUCUAGGGACCAAUUGAAAAAGUACAAGCUUCAGUUUGACAUAAUGUAAGUUGACUACUAUAUUCAAAAAGCGCACUAUAUUGUCCAAAGUAUAGUUCCAUCUUGAACGGGUUAAGGGUGAGAUUUUCGGACGUUUGGCUGCUAUUUCUAGGAGGUCCGUGUCGAGGUUUCCCCUCCACGGAAACGAUGGGUAUAAGUAAAGGGGAGAUAACUUGUUUAAUCUAAGAGAAGACAACUCUAUCAUUUGCUAAGCGGUAUAAUGGCGCACUUCGAGGAGAAAAGUGGCAUCGUUCCCGUGAAGACCCCGUGGGGUGCUUGGUGGCAGACUGUAGACGAAGUAUUCGUACUGGUCAACGUGCAACCAGGUACUUCAGGUCGGGAUAUCAAGUGUACUAUUCAACCACGACACUUGAAACUGGUUGUCAAAGGAGAGACGGUAAUAGACGGUCAGCUGGCGGAUGUGGUCCGCGCCGACGACUGUUUGUGGACUUUGGAAGACAAAUGCAAAGUGGAUUUGUGUUUAUUGAAGUCGUUUUGUGGAGCUGAGAAGUGCUGGAAGUCGUUACUAGAAGGACAAUACCAAGCUGACCCUUAUACUUUCGAUCAGAUGGAGAAAAAACUAACUUUGCAACGAUUCCAGUAUGAAAAUCCUGGCUUCGACUUUAGUGGAGCAGCAAUGACCGGCAACUAUCAAGGUGGUGGACCCAAGUUCAAUACAUCAUUAAAAUGGAAUGUCAAGUUAAGAAAAACGAGCAUUUUCGAUACCUCCUUCUUUUUGCUUUACAUCAAGGUUUUAAGGCUGCAAAAGCUGCUCGUGACAUUUGUGCUGUGUAUGGAGAGGGUGCCAUGGCUGAAAGAAUCGCCUGUGAUUUGUAUGCCAAGUUCAAAAAUGGAAAUUUUGACCUCAAAGAUGCACUUCAUUCUGGCCGUUCAGUUGAGUUCGAUGAAGAGCAAUAAAACCAACUUUUGCACAAAAAUUCUCGUCAGACGACAAGAGAACCGGCAGAGAAAAUGGAAUUCCCCCACACUGCUAUAGAGAAGCAUCUUCACUCGAUGGGAAAGGUUCAGAAGUAUGGAGCAUGGGUUCCGCAUGCUUUAAGUGACAACAACAAAAGUCAACGAACCACAAUCUCUGCUGGUUUACUUGCUCGUCACCGCUCAACUCAUGGACACAAGCAACGAUUUCUUUACUGAAUUAUUACUGGCAACGAAAAAUGGUGCCUGUACAUCAAUAGGAAGCAGCGUAAGGAAUGGCUUAGCCCCGGUAAACAAGCGACACCGUGCAUGAAACAAGAUCUUCAUCCCUGUAAAACGAUGUUGUGCAUAUGGUGGGACUGGGAAAAGAUUAUCCAUUACGAAUUGCUUGAACGGAACCAAACGGUCAAUGCGGAACUCUAUGUUCAACAGAUGGAACGACUCAACAUGGCUAUUCAAGAGUUUAAAGGUCAUGGUCUGACGAUGUGAAUUUUCCGAGUCCUCUACUCCCCCCACCCUCGCGAGGACGCAUUUUUUCAUAUUUGUUUACUGCAUGUUGUACUGUUAAUAAACUAUUAAAAAAAAACUUUUUGAUCCGGACAAACACAGGAGUUUAAAGGUCAUGGUCUCACGAUGUUAAUUUUCCAAGUCCUCUCCCUUACGAGGGAGCAUUUUUUUUUAUAUUUGUUCACUGCAUGUCGUUGUACUGCUAUUAAACUAUUUAAAAAAAAUUUUUGUUCCAGUCAAACACUAGAGUUUAAAGGUCAUGGUCUGACGAUGUGAAUUUUCCGAGUCCUCUCCGCGACCCCCCCCCCCCCUUCGGGAGGGCGCAUUUUUAUUCAUAUUCGUUUACAGCAAGUUGUUUUACACCUAUUACAUUAUUUUUUUUUUUUUUUUUUUUUUUUUUUUUGCUCCGGUCAAACCCCUUAGCUUGAUCAUCCUGUACUUUUAAGGGUUUGCAUGAUUACAUUAUUUAUUGGGCCCUUUUCUAAUUUAAAGUAACUGGACAUGACUUGAGGGAGAUUCGGCUGCUAUUUCUAGCACGUUUCCAUUGGCUUGUGCAGAAUGAACCUAUGAUCUGCACAAAAACGGUGAUAUUGAAGUGAAUGCUUCAGUUCUUUACUUAAUUUUACCCGACAUGACCAUGGCCACACUGGAGCACUGUCUCUGUGCAUUGAUACAGCUGAGCCUAUAUAAGCUGAUGAGAUAUUGUCAGGAUUGAAACGGUAAACUACAAUACAUUUUCUGUGUUGAAAGAAAUAAAGAAAAACUGAAACACAUGGAGGUUUUUGUUAAUUCCAAC